AAAAUCAGUUGGACAGAGUUGGCCUUCGGGAUAACUCAGCUCCUUCCUUUGCUACUUGUGUGCCUGCCUUUUUUGGAUGGUUUAUUGUUUACUGACCGUUUCUCCUCAACUUUCAUCCUCUUUCAAAGGUGACGGGAUUGGUGCUGUUCUCUUUCUGGAGAGAAAGACAUCCUUGGUCAUCUAAAGCAUUGCACUCUCUUCCUGAGAGAGGCAAUGGCCACAGCAGGGAACGACUCCUUCAUUGCCGAGGGAAUGACUCCGCCACAAAGGAUCCUCUUUCCCCCGGAGAAGAUUUGCAUGGUCUGGCAGCAAAGACAGAGUGCUGGAGCAGGACUCCGCAAUGUGGGCAACACAUGCUUCCUUAAUGCUGUCCUGCAAUGCCUGACAUACACCCCGCCGCUGGCCAACUAUCUGCUCUCCCGGGAGCACAGCCAGGCCUGUCGCCAACAAGGCUUCUGCAUGAUGUGCAUCAUGGAAGCGCAUGUUAACAAGGUCCUGCAUUCCUCAGUCAGUGCCAUCCUGCCUUUGGCUGUUCUCAGGGGUUUCAGACUCAUAGGAGAACAUUUUCAGCUUGGCAGGGAGGAAGAUGCCCAUGACUUCUUAUGCUGUACUGUCAAUGCCAUGCAGAGAGCUUGUCUGAGUGCAAGCAAUGACUUGGACAUAUCAUCCCAAUCUACUACCAUUGUCCAUCAAAUAUUUGGAGGCUUUCUGAGAUCCAGAGUCAUCUGCUUCAGCUGCAAAGCCAUUUCUGAUUCCUAUGAGGCCUUCCUGGAUGUCCCUUUGGAUAUCAAAGCAGCCUCAUCCCUCACUGCAGCUCUGGAGGACUUUGUAACACCUGAGCACCUGGAUGGUGAAAACUGCUUCAAAUGUAGCAAGUAA